UUCAAAAUUGAGCUGCUUUUUCGCUCCCUCAAUUUUGCCCUUUUGGAUACUGGAUGCCGCGAGUACCUGUUUCUCUGUGAUUUCUUCCUCCUCUCACCUGGCUAUCUAUUUCAGCCUCCAAGUUCCUCUCCUGUCUCGCUCUUUUCCCAAUCCUCUCCAUCGCUAACAUUUGCCUCAUCCAGCCUCAAUAUCGAUGCCAGUGAAAGAAGAGUGGCUAACGGACUUGGUGGCGGAUGUAACGAGGCUGAUGGUAGGAGAGAGGGUGGCAACUCUGAAGAGAAGCGGCCCGCAGCCUCGGCGCCUUUUAGCAGGCAGUCAGGUGUCGCGGCCGCUCAGAUGUUUGAUCAAGUGAUUAAUCUAAAACAGGCUUUUAAUUUGAAAUACUUAUUAUUUCUACUUGAGAUUUUAUUUUAA